AUGGACGCGCUGAAAUCCGCCGGCAGAGCGAUCAUCAAGAGCCCGGGAGUCCCGCGGCACACAUGGGGAACUUCCAAGCAUGAGAAGCUGCCAGAGAACUGGACGGACACCAAGGAGACACUGCUGGAGGGGAUGGUGUUCAACGUGAAGUACCUGGGGAUGACACUGGUGGGUCAGCCCAAAGGAGAGGACAUGGCUUCAGCUGCCAUUCACAGAAUCGUCACCACGGCCAGAGCCAGUGCCAAGAAGUUUCGGAAAGUGACCCUGACAGUGUCACCGAAAGGCAUCGUCAUCACAGACACAGAGACCACAGACCUCAUCGAGGACGUCUCCAUAUACAGAAUCUCGUACUGCACAGCGGAUAAAACUCAGGACAAGGUCUUUGCGUACGUCUCCCAGAGUCAGUUCAACGAGACACUGGAGUGCCACGCUUUCCUCUGCCAGAAGAGGAAGAUUGCUCAGGCUGUGACCUUAACAGUAGCCCAGGCCUUUAAAGUGGCUCUGGAUCUUUGGGAGAUUGCUCAGGAAGGCAAAGGCAAGAAGACCAGGCCCUGCUGCUCCUGUGAACCAAGCAACACGCCGACAGAGACAACAGACAGUCAGUGUGUUCCAGCAGCCUCUCGUCCACACCUUCCUUCUCCGACGCACCCAGCGGCCCACAAGCCUGUCCGGAUGGAGGAGAGACUCCGGUCUCGGCCUUUCUUCUCCGCCGCACUCAGCUCGCUCUCACCUCGUAGUAACCCCUCUCGAAGGCGGCCGAUCAAACAUGACUCUUGGGAUGUGGAGGAUGGACUGGAUGAUGCGUUCUCAAGCAACAUGGAAGUAGAGAUGGACACCGACUGGCCGAGUCCCGCUCCGACCCCGUCUCUGACGAUGCAGCUCUGA